CUCCGCAGCUGCCGGCGCCAGUCCCAGUCCCAGUGCCGCGGCGGGGCGCGCAGCGCACGGGGCGGGCGCUGGAUGCGCCGCCGGCGGGAGGCGGGCAGCAGCCGAGCGGGUCCCCGCGCAGCGGCGCGAUGAGCGCGGGCGGCGGCGGCGGCGCGGGCACCGCCACCUCGGCGCUCUGCGUGCUGCUCUCGCUGAGCGCCCUGGCCCUCUGCCUGCUGCUGGGCGCCAAGACGGCCGAGCUGCAGGGCCGCCUGGCCGCGCUGGAGGAGCGCGGCGCCGCCGGUCCCGGCGCGCUGCUGGCCGCGCUGCAGCCCCGCGUCGAGCAGCUCUUCCGCGAGAAACUGGGUGAAGGAUUAGCAAAGCUGCGGACGGCGAGAGAGGCUCCGUCGGACUGCAUGUGCCCCCCAGGCCCACCGGGGAGGCGCGGGAAGCCAGGACGGCGCGGAGAGCCCGGACCUGCAGGGCAGUCGGGACGCGACGGUUACCCGGGGCCUCUUGGUUUGGACGGCAAGCCAGGGCCUCCAGGACCAAAAGGGGAAAAGGGUGAAGCAGGGGACAUCGGCCCACGGGGCGAUCAAGGUCGAGAUGGAGCCACUGGCCCCCCUGGCCCGCCGGGACCCCCCGGUGCCCGGGGGCCUCCUGGCGAUAGAGGCAAAGAUGGCCCAAGAGGACCUCAAGGCCCCCCUGGUUUUAAAGGAGAGCUGGGAGAGGACGGUCCCACGGGUGCCAGGGGACCUCCAGGACCAAAGGGCGAGCCUGGCGUCCAAGGGAAAAAGGGUGAUGACGGGAUCCCAGGGGAGCCAGGGCUUGUGGGCGCCAAGGGAGAAAAAGGAAGCCCUGGUCCAACGGGAGAGAACGGCACGGAUGGUUUGCCAGGGUCCAAGGGCGAACCCGGUGAGAAGGGAGGAACCGGCUCCGUCGGACCACGGGGCCCGCCUGGCCUGAAGGGAGAGCAGGGCGACACCGUGGUGAUCGACUACGACGGCCGCAUCCUGGACGCGCUCAAGGGAUCGCCAGGUCCCCCGGGGCCACCGGGCCCUCAAGGCGCGCCGGGUCCCAAGGGAGAGCUGGGCUUGCCUGGUCCGCCUGGGCUCGACGGUGAGAAGGGUCCCAAAGGAGCUAAGGGUGACCAAGGAAACGCAGGGAUGAUGGGACAGAAGGGCGAGAUGGGAGAAAUGGGCUUAUCUGGUCCACCGGGAGCUGAUGGACCAAAAGGAGAAAAAGGAGAAACCGGAUCCCCAUGUUUGCAGAAUAAUCAUAUCAUCCCUGAGCCAGGACCCCCCGGACUGCCCGGCCCUAUGGGUCCUCCAGGAAUCCAGGGGCCUCAAGGCUUGGACGGUGCCAAAGGAGAAAAAGGUGACAGCGGCGAGAAAGGGGAGCGCGGUGACACUGGGCCAGCUGGUCUCCCUGGUGCUCCAGGACUUAUCGGCUUACCCGGUACCAAAGGAGAGAAGGGAAAGCCGGGGGAACCGGGAUUAGAUGGCUUCCCGGGUCUAAGAGGAGAGAAGGGAGAAAGAAGUGAAAGAGGGGAGAAGGGUGAGAGAGGAAUACCAGGGAGAAAAGGAGCUAAAGGGCAGAAAGGGGAACCAGGCCCUCCUGGGCUGGAUCAGCCUUGUCCAGUGGGACCAGAUGGACUGCCAGUAGCAGGAUGUUGGCAUAAGGUACAGUCGUAAUAACUAUAUAGCCUUGAGUAGGCAGAGCGACUUUGGCUGCACGGUGCCUGUUUGCCCUGCUCCGUUUCCUUUAAGCGAUAGAUGGUACCUUACAGAGAAGGUGUCAUGCCUUGCGAGAACAGGAGUCUAUCUAAUUUGGUAUCUUGUUCCCCACAACUGUAGACUAGUUUCUGCCCAAGAAGUGGAAAAAACACCCCCAAAACUUGCUAACCAUGAAAAAUCAUUCUCAUUAAUACUGUCAGUAACAACCUCUUUUUCAGGCUAGCGCAGACUGGGCCUUUACUUUGGCCCGGGUGUUUUAGGAACCAGUCAUGCAAAGACUACACAGUUCUGCAAGUUGGGCUUGUACAACUGCAGUUCACACUGUAGCUUUUAGCUGAGAAUUUUAUAGUCCAUCACCCUUUUUUGUCACAGAGUUACAAAACACUCAUUUCCACACAGACUUUCCUGCCACAGUAAUUAUGCCUCUGCAACCGCUACACUACGUUUCAAUCAGCAAAUCUGGGUACGCCUGGCCAGCUACCUGGAAACGUCUCGCCCUACGGCCCUGGCACGGCCAGGGUCUAAGUGCAGGGCUGUCCAGUGCAAAAAGACCGCUCCCGCGAGAGCGAUUAGACAGCUCACCCCCAAGAUGAGCUUUUGAUCCCGACUUUUAAGAGGGUGCUGUAAUCUCGUUCUCCAACAAGGCUAUGCCACUGGAGCAGACCAGAAUUACUAACCUGGUUUCAAACAUAUGGUAUGUGGACAUAAUUCAAGUUAAUAGCAAGCAUGUUACUAACUGGUUGCAAACCCUCAGUUAGAAUGUAAGCACGCCCUUAGCAUAUAAAAGGUUUUAAUUCUGUGGAAAGCCGUUUGGAUGUACUUUUAACGUUAACGAAAAAAAAAGUAUCAAUCCUUACAAUAUUAACAAGAAAAUUAGUAAAUGUAAUGGAGCAGCUCUCUGACUAAAAUUUUUUAAUCUAUGUGUUCUCUUGCAGUGAUCUCUAAGCAUGAAGCACAGUGUGUAAAUAAUGUGAUAUAUUUUGAUCUUUCUAAUUUUUGUAUAAAAAAGGAACAAAAACCCCUUCAACAGUAAUAUAUUGACCUUUUUUAUACUGGAUUCUGUCAUUUAUGGACUUUGAAAAUAUUGUAAAGCUCCCAAACCCGUAAGAUAUGCAUGAUAACAUCAGGAUUUGAUCAAGGUACCAAAAACAGUAGCUGGGAAUGAAGAGUAUUCACUGCUGAUGCUGCUGUGUGAACUAACAGGCCUGAGACAGUGUGGUGCCUGGUGUGCCUUACAGCAUGAAGGAGGGACGAUCUCUAUCCUAAUUAGGCUCUCAGCUAUGUAUUUGCCUUGCACGUGUACAUUAAAAGGAUGAAAAAAACUGGCUGAAAACAAAAAAGAAAAAAAGGAUGCAGCCCUAGAAAUGAAAGAAGCUGCUCUAUACCAUCUGGCCAAAGAAAAGAAGGACUUUCAACUUGCAGAGGAAACAAAGCCAAGCUCCAUUCAUUGCUGCCUGCUGCUGCUGUGAUGGAAAUAGCAAUCCUUUGGUUAAAAGUAACAAUCUUGACUACCUGUGGAUAUUUCAGCUACCAUCAACAGAAACUGUUAUCUCAAGAGGAAAUGCCUCUGGGUCCCCUUAUGGGUUCUUUGGCUGAAGAUUUGCAAAUGCUGUUACCGCAAAACUCAAAUUCCUUAGAAAACCUUGACUGCAAUAUUUCAAAACAUAAAAACCUAGCUGUACUUUCACUGAAGAGCGCCACAGGAUAGGGAGGGCUCUGCUGAAGCCUUUUCUUAGGCAACAGAGCAAAUAAUGUUGCUUGCUAUUGAGGUUCUCAAAACUUGGGAGUUUGGAGUAUUUAAUUCUCCUGGUUUGUAGGGUUCAUUUGUAUUUGAUUUUCUUGGUUUACGUGGUUUAAUUGUAAGCUCUGUAACUGUCUGCACACUCCUCUUGUCCGCCUCUUUCUCUCCCUCUUUUUGGUCUCUUUCUUUAAAUUAUCUGAUCUCGGGCACAUCCCAUGCAGAGCAGAGUAAUGAAUUAAAGGGUUAUGAUUUCUAUCUCUGCAUAUGGCAUUAGUGAGACCAAUAAAAAAUUUGCAAACUAUUCCACUGUUAACAUUUUUAAAGAUGUUGAAAAAAUUACAGACUGUGCAGAAAGAGCCAUAGAAAAUAUUUCAAGGAGGAAGAAAAAUCUUUAAAGGGAGUCUGUUCAGCUUAAAUUGAAGAUCAGGAGGCAGUCGGAUUCCUUUGCAGGGAGGAGAUAUUUUAUAUAACAAGUUCUUAAAUUGAACAGAGAAAUAUGUACAAAGAUCCAUCCAUUGGCUGGAAGCUGAAGCUACACAAAAAUGAAAUAAGCCAUGGAUUUUUAAUAGUGAGGCUGAUUAAUGAUAACCAGACCAGUGAUUGGAUCCCCAUUCAUUUUAAUGGCAUUUUGAUUUGACAGAUCAUUUCUGGAGGAAAUACUUCAGCCAAAUACAAGUUGCUAGGCUCAGUGUAGGAGUCUGAGGUGGAAUUAAGAGCCCGUCCAUGAUAUCGAACCAGGCAACGUGAAAGAGCUCUUUGUGGCCUUAAAGAAUACAGAAGGGGAAAGGGAGUCAUUUUUUGUAUACGGAGUAGAUCUGAACCCUCUGUUAGAUGCUUGUUCCACUCCACCUCUGAGGGCAGCUGGCGGCAGAGGAUUUGAGGGAGGGAUGCGAUCCGAGGGCAAUGCGUCCCGUACAAACUGACCUAGUGCUAAGUUAGUUCUCGCUCUGGUAUUCUGAAGAACAGUAGCAACAUGCUCAGUGCUCCAAGGAGACGGGGUGAAGUCUGACUGAUGUUUAUGAAUGCUUAUCAGUGACUGUGUCCUAGUUGUCCUUGAACUUAUCCUGUGAGUCAGCGGGGAGUGUUUGCUAUUUGCUGAUAAAUGCUGAAAUGGACAUCUAACUUGGUAGAUGUGGACAUAAAAGACUUAGGGCUGUAGGCAGUGAACUUUUGCUACCUGUCUUUGUUAGCUGCUUAGGUUCUGUACCUACACAUUGCUUGCUUUGUGGCUAUACUUUACAUCUUUACCAGUUAUUGAUAGUUUUUGACCAUAUUCUUGGUCACCAUAUAGAUUAAAUCUGUGCAGAUCAACUAACAAAUCAAGAAACAAGAAUUAUGUAACUCAAACAGCAAUGAAAAUGCAUUUUAUUUACUUCCAUUUCAUGAUGUUAGCUAUCGCUUUUGGUGUGUGGGGGUUUUUAAAGGCAUAAGGAGCAGUUGGAAAACAAGCUCCCGCUGGCUUUAGUGCUUUUGAAAAACCCCUUUGCUGUCCCAAAUUAAAGCUAAAUUCUUCUUCUGUGGAAGGUUGAAGGCAAAUCUCUCAUUGAUGUCACUGGGAAGAAGAUCUGUAAUUGUUCCCUUAAUAUACAGUUGAUCUUCCCAUCUCCCCCAGUCAUCUCCAAACUAAAGCAAUACACUACUCCAAACCACACCGUGGGCCUCUACGCUCAAUAUCCUGCACUCGUCCUGUUCAAGGAACUUCUAUUGAUAUCAAUGAGAGGUCAGUCCCCAGAAUGACUGCAGAAAAGCACGAGAAUCUGGAAGUGUCCACAAACAAUCUACAAUGCAGAUAGAAAAGUCUUGUUUUACAUAUGCUGGCAAAAACUAAACAGCUUUCUAUCUAGCUCCUACUUGAAGAAGUUUGAUAUCACUGAAGCUACAAGACAAGCUAACCUCCAAAGCUUAUGAAAUUAUAUUAAAAUUUAUAUUUUCUCUGAGGAAAUACCCCGAAGUCCUAUUAUCUUCAGGUAAACAAGUCAGUAUUCCGUCUUCAACUUGUGGAAUAUCCAGUGCUUGUAGGCAUCAACUGUGACCACUGCCAGGCCUGCAAAACAUUGAUACAGAAUACCAGAAUAGUGCUUUACCUAUUGCAGCUCUGCACGGCAGCCUUCCCCCUCCCAACACAGAGCCGCUGUUGCCACAGAACCCAAGACAUUUGCUCGUAAUGGAGGAAGAGAGCUCUCUUUCAAUUGACUGAACCUCUUAACUGGGGUUUUUCUUCCCUGUCCCCAAGGCACCGCCUCACCACUCAAGGGGUUUUCACGCUAGUCGAGGAGGAAGGCUACAAUCGUCGUCCUAGCAUAGGACUUUGUGGCUGGUAUCCAUACCUGUCAGCGCUAACAUGUUGGCUGCCAAAUCUUUUAGUGAUAAUCUUUGAAAAUCCUCGGCAGAUGCCCUCUGCAUAGCUUAAUUCUGCAUCCCGAGUAUGGUGAGUCCAGCACAUACAAAGCAGAUUCAUCUAUGCACUUACAGCGAGUUGAGUACGUUCUGGAUGUCUCAGUUACUGCACGUGUACAAAUCAGCAGCCGGUGUGCAGCAAUUUCCCUGGACUUCUGCCACUUCCAUUUCUGUUAGAAAUGCUGGCAGAAAUGGAUCCUGCAGUAUAUGGCAACUAUUGCCACUUCAGCUAUGAGGAACUUAACCAGUAGAUCUUCAAGGAUCUGCUGGUCAUAAGCCUGGUCUACCAAUGCCUUUUGGCACCAAAGCAACUGAAACCUGUGCAAAGGAGAACUCCAGGUGAGGUACAGAUCCCUAAGCCAGGCUAUUGCAGGGGACCGCAAAUGUGCUCUGCAGUGCAAGUCCUCCCUGGGCGUAACCCAGCGCUCUUGGUCUGUAGAUUGUGAACUCGAUAUCCUUAUUCAUCAGUUAAUACAGACUGACAAACUGUAUUAGAGUAACUGUUCAUUUCAAAUUGAUAGUAUGGGGUCUAAGAGAAAAUCUGAUCAGAUUUGUGUGCUUUCCAAACACAUUUACAAGAUUAGAUUGUUAAAUGAUAAAAUUGUUUCAGGACAGUCAUCAUCUCACUGGGAAGAGAUAAAACGAUUUGCUUUGCUCAGCAAAUUCAUGCCAGAUCAGUUGAUUAUUUUCUCCUUCCAUAUGAAAAUGUUUAUGUGGGUCUUUUUGAAUACUUUGAAUUUGCAAAUAGCUCAUGAAGAUGAAUUUUACUUACAGGUAGUACUAGCAGCCUUACUCAGAACUUGGUAGUUAUCUCCGCCGCUUACAAAGCAAUUUUUUUUUUCUCCCCGGAAAAUCCCUCUCUAUUCUUCCAACUUGAGAGAAUGUAAAUUUGUUUUACAGGAAUUCAGAAAUACAGCUAAAUGCUACCACUAGAUGCCAGUAGCAGUAAAGAUGAUUGACAAGGAGGCUGCUAAUGCUUAUGAAAUAUAGGUCAUUCUGAGACCAAGCAACUGAUUUAUGUUGAUCAUUAAAAUACUUCAUGUUAGCUUCAUGAGUUCAUCAAUAAACAAAGAUUUUGGUUAAAACACUUAAGUUACUGGUCUUGGAGAAAUCUAAAGUACAGCCAAAUUCAUGUUUAUCUUUUUUUUCUAGUUUAUAAAACAGCAGAAAAUUCAUUGGUCCUAUUUAGCUGACUAUAAAAGCAUGGUGAUUUCCCUUAUGCUCAGACAACUACGUCUGUCUGCUUCCUAGGAGCAGAAGACAAGCAGCAUGCUUAAAGACUGACUUAUUUACAGUCAUAGCCAACAAGCAACUUCCCAGUUAUUACCAACAUCCUCCCUCUGACAUAGUGUGGCCCAAGCAAUUUUGGAAGCAAAGGUCCCAAGCUGAGUCCUAAGGGUGCCAGAACUCACUGAAACCCCUACAAAGGUUUUGGCCUGCGAAGCUCUGCAGACAGAGCUGCCUUGCCCCAACACCCAGCAGCUCUGGUAUGUGACCAUAGCUACAACGGCUUACCGCGUGCGUGGGUUUUGAUGUCAGCCUGGCCCUGUGCCUGCCCUGGGAGCUGAAUGACUGCUCUGCUUCAGCUGUGUGAAGGCAGGGUUGUUGCUGCAGCACCCUUCGGUAUGGGCUCACCUGGGAGGGCAGGGAAAGCUCGUGCUGUUACUCUGGACCUAACUAGCGCCGGGUGCCCUGGGAGCAGCGACGCUGCACCAGACUAAGAAUGGGGAGAGCUCCCGGGAGCUUCUGCUGUGAAUAUAUUUUGGGGGAAAAUAAAUAAGGCCAAAUAUCGCCCUUGUUUGUAACUCCAGCUUAGUGCCAACAGCACACCGGCAGCCCCGGGUAUGCCACUCGCCAGAGCAUGAACCUGACAAGUUGGCCUGUCUGAGGGGCAGGCGAGACAGAUUUGCAGCUGAUCUAACAGUAGGCUCGGCUAGUUAGUUGAGAAAUAUUUCUCUGAGUUAUGAAACAGGUAGCAGAGAAAACUCAGCCUGACUCCAGACUGAAAAUGUUUCCAAGCCUUAAUGCAUUGGGACUUUAGUUAAACUUUUUUUUUUUUAAAAAAAGACAUUUCCACAUACUUUAGUUUUAUAAGGGAGAGUCUUUUUUUCUGGUAUACACUGCUUCUAACACUUUCUGUGUAUAUAAUGAUGAAUUUAUUUCCAUAGGGAUUUUUCUCCUGUGUAUUUAAAAAUGUUUCUUUUAAUGAUAAAAUGCAGAGACUUUCUGGUGUGUUUUUCUUUUUCUUUUCUUUUUUGAGGAAACCAAGAGAUGAGAUAUUUAAGUGAGCUUUUAUGUUUUGUCAUUUCAUAAAUUUAGCAUGUGAAAUUAAGCAAACCAGUGAAAUGUGUGUGAGGUUUCAGCAGUUCAAGCCAUCCUGCAUAACGAUGAACUGGAGUGGCUGAAUGCUAUCCAAGGUAAAAUAUUUAUUAAAUGUAUUCCAUGGAGGAUGACACAGGUCAUUACCCAUGAUUUUAAAGACUGUUAUAAUCAUCCAUUACACAUGAAGCUGUAUGUUUAUUAUGGCCAACGCUUUCAUGCUAGAAAGCCUGUUUUCUAAUUUGGUUACUUUUAGUCUUCUACUCCAAAGUGGAAACUCGGUGUCAAACUUCAGCUGGUGAAACUGUGCACUACAAUGUUGACUAUAAUAGCGCUAAACCAGUUUACACUAGCAAAGAUUUCAGUCUACGAUGUUUACUGUCUGGCCAGCCCACAGCUCAGAAAGGAGCUGCAAAUUCUUGCAAAUGUGGCACAAUCAGCUGCAUGUACUGGGCUCUUGGGCUCAAAUGGAAGCGAUUGCCUCACCCUUUUGUAAUACACAGCUAAACUGCGAUGCCUGAAAUUCCCAGUUUUACUAUAAUGACAAAUAAUCAUCCUCAGUCAAUAUAACUGUGUCCCAUUAGCCUGUAAAUUCAGGAAGUUUGUAUAAGGUAGCACAUGUCUUAGCUUUCAGGGCCCUUCAAUACUUACUUCAUGCUGCCCUCUAGAGGCCAUCUUUUCUAUGUAGAAACAAAUUUUAUGCCAGGAGGGAAAAGAAACUUUUUUUUCCCUGACACUGUCCCCUAAUGGACAGGACACAGAGGGAGGGUGCAUCGUUUGCAUUUGGAAUAGUUCUUUGUAGAACAGAUGUGCAUAAAUAGAAACUUUAAUUUUUUUCCCCACAGAUCUUGUAUUUCUGUAAUGGAUAAUGCCCUCACAGUCUCAGAUUUUAUUUGUUUAACACCAUAAAUUUAUUGUCUGGGUAAGAACUGGACUAAGAAAAAGAACUAUCUGUAGUAGGUUAUGAGCCAAGUUUCCAUUUUGAAAUUGUAGAGAGAGGAAGUUUCAAAUUACUUUCUUUACAGACAAGAGAUUUAUAUGAAGAGCCACAAAGAUACCAGUAAUAACAAAUGAUAAAAAUGUUUAAGAACACUUGAAGUGUUCCAAAACCACUUAUCUGAGACAAAUGGUGUAUGUAUCUGGUCCCAUUCAGAGGAAUGAGUUUGGUUCCAGUUCACACUACCGUAGCUAAGAGCAGAGUUAGUCCCACUGUCUUCAGUAUGUCUGAGGAUGGAGUAAAACCUCAGUACUGCUUUACCUCAUUUGAAGCACACAGUAGGUUUUACUUGGUAUUUGCUAGUGCGCUUUGUAGCACAGCUAGGCUUUCAGUAGUUUAACCUGGAAGAGUUUCCAAGUGAGAGCUGAAGUAUUUUGAUAGAUUUCAAGAAGCCUAAGACACUUUAGCUUGCAAGGCAAUCAAUGUGGCCUGCUGCCUUUGGAGAUACUGACCUUGGCAACUGUACAGAACCGCGUUUAUGUAAGAAUAAACAUUUCUUGAAAUCUUUGGCAACAGUGAUUAAAAAAAAAAAAAAGAAGUUAUAGCAAAUAAGGAAGAGAAUAACAUCUGGUCACUCUAGUUAUUUAUUGGAGUCUCCUGUCUCUUAAUGGUGUCCCUGGCCAAAUAGUAGUGUAGUACAGUUUGAAAUACUUCAGAGCUCCAUUCUGGGGAAUCUGUUACUCACUGAAGUAAACCAGUAAGUACAAAUCUCUUUCUUAGACUGUCUUCCUUGAUUAUAGUUUACAUCUGUAAACUAAAAUUGACGUCUGCUAGUAUUUCCAUUCCCACUUGAACCGUUGUGACUUUCCUAUAUACUUGUGUAUCGUUAGAUGGCAUAACAAAAGGGAUGUCCAACUAUUGUAUCAUGUGCAGCUAAGUGCUGAAAACCUGUCUCUUAAAAAUAAAUGGCAGAAGGACUUAAUAGCUUGUAGGACUCUAUACUACUGUAGAGACCCUGGGGGAAAAACACAGGAAGGAUGGGAAACAUUGAGUUGUGAAUGCACAAGAGGUGGCAUUAUUGGCAACAGAGUGGAAUAAGAAGUACAUUAGCACUUGUGGUUUUCCCAUGUCUUAGGACAACAAUCAAUCCCUAUCCACUGAGUUCUGGUAGAAGUUGCCUCAUCAUUGCUUAGUUUAAUGGAACAGCUGGCUAACUGUUUUUGUGUGUCUGUGUGUGGUUUCUUAUAUAAUGCAGAUAUUAACGAAAAGAAGGUUAAAAUGGAGAUGUCUCAUGUAUCUGAAAUAUGUUUCUCAGCAAAUGAUACGAAUAGUGCUUUUUGCUUUUUUUAAUGUGCUGUUAAACACUGAAUUGUAUGCUUAACUUUUAAAAAGGUAUUUUACAUGGUUUUAUGAAGUGGGUGGAUAUCUGCAUUUCUGCAGUUGGUGGAUAUCUGCAUUUCUGCAAUUAAAUAAAAAAAAAUUGGGACCUGGUUUUGCAAAGCACUAAGCACCCACAUUACCCACUGAAUUUCCAGAUUAGACAAAAGAGGUAAAAUGCUAUUAGCUAGAAAGAGCUGGAGUCCUGGUGUGUUUGCUGGGUAGCUUCACAGAUGGCGUGAAGUUUUAUAGAAAAUUUCGUAACAAAUUAUUUGCAGGUUUUUUUCAGUAUCUUACCAAAAAAAACCCAAAAAUGUAUUCAAUAAGAAGAUGGUUCAGCACAAAAUAUCACAGUUAAAGCUGAUAAUCAAACCUGAAACAAAGUCACCUGCUCUGUUGUAUUCAUUUACUUUGGACAUACAAAUCUUUUAAAACUGGCAUGUAUUCUAGCAUUUAGGUGCAAUUUCUGAGGUUACAUAUUUUGAAAAACUGUAACUGCUGGUAUUUAAAAUCUAAAUGAAAAUCUGCCUUAUUUAUACAGUUUAGGAAAAGACAUGCAAUAUGUGCAUUAUCUGUCCUUAUUUGUUUGAAGUUAUGCUGAUAAGGCUUAAUCCUCUACCACGUUAUGCAAGUGUCCCUUAUUUAUGUGAGUGGUUGCAUCACUUCAGUAAGACUGUUUGUAAGAGUAAGGGCUGCUCGCAUGUAUGUGUGCAGUUUGCACAUCUUGCAAAAAAUAGUUUGUUUGAAUGUAUUUACAUGGUAUUUUAUACAAAGCUGACCCUCAAUCUCUGUAAAAUGUAUCUUUAAAAAUAUAAAUAUAUAUAUAUACACAAAUACAAAAAAUGUACUUAACAUCUUUAUUUGCAAACUCUUUGCAAUUUUUGAUCAUGUAUGUGCCAUGGAAAGUGUUCUAUUUACUCAUUUCUUUGGGGAACAACUGCUUUAAAAAUGAAGGCAUUAUUGACAGUAUUACUUAUACAUUGUUUUAACAUGUAAAAAUGGUAUUAAUUAGUACUGCAUCAUUUAUUUCUAGUUUAAAGCUGUAAUGGACAGUGCAUAAGUUUGAGACCUCCAAAAACAUGCUUCCUUGAGCUUUCAUCUGUAAUAAAAAUGCAUACUAGAUUUUAAAAAAAUGGUCUCUCUGUACAGAUUGCUUUUACAAUUGUGUGAAUAUGUAUAAUGAAUUCUGCAUUUGUAACCCAAGAAUGAACUUUCCAAAUUGUAAAUGUUCAGGUUCUUAGUAUAAAUAGCUACUAAAUAUCUUACUCGGCCAGAAGUUCAAAUAAAGAUUAACCCUUA